CACAUGCUGACAACGCUUACGUAUGUUCUCACAAGGAAGGCUGCUGCUGUCGGCAAUAAUGAGGAGAAAACAUUUACAUAGAAAUAGCUUUUAUUAGAAAGCAGGAGCCGAGAAGAAUGCUGACUUAUUGGGAUGGCACAUGUGAUGGGAAGAAGAGACCAAAACCUAUUCAGUCACCACAGCUCUUCAGUUUACCUAAAAGGGUCGGGAUAUUAAUGCAGCUGAAGCUCCGUGGCAUUUUACUACCAACAGGAAGAAAAAACUGGUGUUGGUGAUGAUAGAGAUUGCACCAGUCUGCUUAUAUUCAGGGGUAAUUUUUAACUAAAAAGAUGGACUGCUAUUCCAUGAAGAUAGGACUUCUUUUCUGCAUUCUGAGUGUUUUUCUGCUGUGUCUUCACAAUGGAUGGCAGGAAGCAAGCAUUUACAAUUCCCAGAGAAGCACAAAAAACAUGACUGUCCUCCUGUGGAACUGGCCUUUUGGACGCUCUUACAGUCUGAAGGGUGAUGUGUGCUGGGAUCUGUACAAAAUACCAAACUGUAAACUGGUGGACCAGCGCUCCUUGUUCCCCUUGGCUCAUGUGGUGGUGUUCCACAACAGAGAACUGAUACAGGGACGCCAGAAGCUGCCCACCGACCUCCCACGGCCACAGGGCCAAAGGUGGGCCUGGAUGUCCCUGGAAUCUCCUUCUCACAAUGGAAACUUGCAGAAAUUUGCAAAUAUCUUCAACAUGACCAUGUCCUACAGGAGGGAUGCUGAUGUGACCUUACCUUAUGGUGAGCUACUACCUGUGGAGCCUGAAGGUAACCUGAUGGAGGACAGCCACAUAAAUAAGACCUCUUUGGUGUGUUGGGUGGUCAGCAACUACAUGAACCACCACAAAAGGACCCAAGUGUACAAAGAGCUCAUUGCCACAGUUCCUGUGAAGAUUUAUGGACAAUGGAAUAAAAAGCCACUCUCCUCUGCUGACCUCUUACCAACAAUCUCUCGCUGCUACUUUUAUUUGGCUUUUGAGAACUCACUGGCAAAGGAUUAUAUCACAGAGAAGCUGUGGAAAAAUGCUUACCAAGGAGGGGCUGUACCCGUUGUACUGGGCCCCCCGAUAAGUGACUACAAAGCUGUGGCUCCAGAUCAUUCUUUUAUACAUGUGGAUGAGUUCGCAUCUGUACAAGAACUGGGAAAGCACCUUCAAAGACUUGCAGAGGACAGGAAGCGAUACGAGGAGUAUUUUCACUGGAAAAAAUACUGGAAAGUGAAAGUUAAUGGAGACUGGAGGGAAAGGCUGUGUAAGAUUUGUUUACGGUACAACAAUUUAUCUCCGCACAAAGUUUAUUCAGAUCUAGAAGCCUGGAACAAAGCUCAUAGCAUUUAAAAACUACAGCUUUAUGUCUUUUGUUUACAGCAAUUAUUGCUCUCAAGUUUACACUUCAUCGGUAAGGUUAAUUGAAAUAUGAGAAACGUUUACCUCUAAAAACUGAAAAAGUGUAUAUUUGAAAACUUUGA